CCGGGUCGGAAUAAACCUCUGAAGUUUUGAACGAUUCGGGCAAUACGCUCUCUGCGACAAGCCUGUCGCUUUACGGCACCGUUUGGAACAGUCGCAAAGCAAAUUGCCUGCCUCCGCAGAAAGGUUAACGCGACACAACAUCAAAACACGCAUCGGCACCAUGCCCUUCCUGGACCUGCAGUCGCGUCUGGGCAUCAACAUGGACCAAUGGCUGCUGCUGCAGAGCGGCGAGCAGCCAUUCAAGCGGGCGUCACGCUGCCACGCCUUCGAGAAGGAGUGGGUGGAAUGCUCCCACGGCAUCGGGCAGACCCGCGCCAAGAAGGAGUGCCAGCUGGAGUUUGAGGACUUCUACGAGUGCAUGCACCGGCAGAAGCUACACCAGCGUCUGUACGCCGUCCGCCAGCAGCGAGACAAGAUGGCGAAGGAGGGCACCUACACGCCGCCUCCGUGCCACUCGGCCCAGUCCUAGCCGGCACCGCAAAGUCUUCCCUCGGCUCUCCGUGUCAUCACCCCAUUCUAUUCUUCUCCCAUCCUAUUCUAGUUUUCAAAAUAAAAGUCAUCCCCUCCA